UGAAGAAAGAGAGAUGUCAUUGGGGUUUGUGCUUCAGUCAUUGAGAAACAAGUCAAGGAAUUCUUCCCUUGACUCUUGCAAAAGUGCAGUAGCUUACCAAGAGGUUCAGCUUCAAGAAGAGAGACAGCAUGAUAGAGAAAAUGAGAGUCUGCCUACAUUAGAGGCUUGUGCAUCAGAGCUAGCAGAGGUAGAACAUACCAAUUCUGAGAUGCAAGAAGAAUUCUCAAAUCAACUCAAGUUUACAAAGGAUCUCCCAAGUAAUCAAUAUCCCAAAUUGCCACUGGAAAAUUAUCCAGGUCAGAUGUUCCCUGGUCACUGUAAUGGCACUGUGCAUGUGAAUACUGUGUCAGGCAAGAUGACACUGGAUGUGAGAGAGAAAAAGCAUGAAAACAGUACUGCACUGGCAGCAACACAGGAAACGGCACAAGAGAAUAGGACUCACAAGAGAGCCCUGAGCAGAGGCCGAGGAAAGUUCAAUCUGUGUUCUGUGAGACGCCCAGGCUUCGACUACCGAGAAGAUCCCACAGGGGCAAGGCAGAAGAAGGUGUUCUUCCGAGGGAGACCCAGCCAGGAAGACCUGAGCAUUUUUGAGGAAAGGGAUGCAUCCAGUAGCACAUUGAGUAGAGUCAACAGUUCAAGGAUUGUGAGUGAAGGGGGCAAACACCUACUACCUUCUCCAGACAUACCAACAGGGACCAGAAGUUCCAGCGCUCCCAGUGUGGGUGGUGUCCCUUCCCUCACACAUGCCUAAGUCUGGAUUAAGACACUAUUCCCUGUGAUGGCAUUACAAUCAAAUGAGCUGCAAAGCCAUUAUGAGUGCUUUCUGUCAAAAAGCUAGGUUUGAGUUUUCUAGUUUUCAUUUUUUUUUUUUUUUUUUUUUUCUUUCUUUUUUUUAAGCCAUCUGUCAUAACCACAGUUCUGUUCAUAUAGGUUAGGGAAAGGAGAGGAAUUCAAGAAAUCGAUUUUAUUUCAUCUUGUAAAUCAAUGGAAUCAGUUCAAGACAAGGAAAUAUUUACAUUCAACUUAUAUA